UCCAAUUUGGCGGAAGCCGCGGAACCACCGAGAGCGCAGAGCGAAGUCUAAGCUUUGACUUCCCUUCGAUAAGUUCGAGCUCGCGAUCGCACGCCACCUCUCGGGUCCACCAAUCAUCUUCUUCUCCGCAAUGCCUCGUCCUCUGACGCCCCUCCUUCUCCUCGCCCUCACGUUCGUCGUCGCGCGAGUCAGCUCGCACGAGGAGCCGGGCGAGUGGAGGUGCGAGUCCGACUCGGCGGAGAUCCGGCUACUGGCCGAGUUCCGGCCCGGGAUCGUCGCUCUCGACGGCCGCCCCGACGAUUGGGACGCGGUCGACGGGUCCGAGUUCGCGCUCCUCCCCGCUCUCGAUCCCGACGCCGACAAGGAGUACAAUGGCGGGAAAAUGACCGUUAAGGCUCUUCACGACGGCAAAGACGUGUUCUUCUUGUUGCAAGUGGAUGGCGACUAUGUGUACUCUCCUGGCAACAGUAACAAAUGCCCCUCAGUUGCUCUCAUGUUCCAAAUUGGUCGAAGUGCUACCUAUCACGAUAUGGGUGGGUGUAAGGAAGGCACUGGUACUUGCACCAGCAAGACAUGUAAAGACCAUGAAGUUGAUAUAAUGCACUUUUCAAUCGGAAAUGCCAUACCGGGAAGGCUCUAUGGUGGAAAUCCUAUUGAUAUUGCCAAAGGAUAUGGUGGUGACAGGUUUGGCCAUUUGGUCGAUCUUUACGCUUGGACCCCGCACUGCAGAUAUCUCGAUGGAACUGGCCCUUCAGGAAAUGACUCCAGUGCGCAGAACAACUGGAGAGGUGCAUGGUGGCACAGCAGCUUGUCUGUACAGUCUGGUUUUGUCCUAGAAGACAGUCCAUAUGGAUCAGAUGGUCAAAAGGGCACAUAUUACUUUGAAUUUUCAAGGCCUUUGAGAACGAUGGAUCGCCUUCAACAGGAUGUCCAGUUCACAAUUGGUGAAUCGAGUAAAAUAUCAGCGGCAUUCUGGUAUCCUGUCGAUGGGACUCCAUGGCAUGGAUCGGGGCACUUCACCAUCAGUUGUGACUGGUUGUCUUUGGAUAUUACUUCGGGUGGGUCGACGCUCACGAAGUCAACAUCGGCAAGUUCCUGGGACGUGGCAAGCAUGUUCUCCUUCCUAUUUUCUGUGAUCGCUUUGUGCCUGUCGAUUUUUGCCAUUUACCGCAUUUCUAGACCUAGAAGUUUCCAGUUUUCUCCCAUGGAAGAAGUAUCUAUGGAAUAAUCAUUUGGUUUUAGUGUUGGCGAUCGCGUUCGAGGGUCGAGGUCAUUAAUCCUUCCACAGAAUCGAACAGCUUUGCUUCCAUACAAAUUUUCGUGUUGACAUUUGAUAUUCAGUUAGUGUUUUCAAUGUUCACAAUACACAAUGUGUCAUGUAUCCGGUCAUCUUGUUGAUAUCAAAGUAUAUUGUAGCUUGGCUUGGUUGAGACUGCGUCUUCAUGUAGUCUUUCAGUAUUACUCUCAAUAUUUAGAAAAAAAAAUUUUUUUUUUUUUGG